CCCUAUAGCUAUCCCUGUCCCUAUAUCCCUGUCCCUAUAGCUAUCCCUGUCCCUAUAUCCCUGUCCCUGUCCCAGCGGCUCGGCCGGCCCGCCGCGCUUCGUUUACACCGCGUUGCCACGGCAGCGGGCGGCGGAGCGGCACCACAGCCCUCUCCCUUCUCUCGAUGCUUUCAGUGCUUCGUUCACCUCCACGUCAUCUUCCCUGCUAUCACCAGUAAAUUCUCACUAAUUAUUCUCUGUCCCGCCGCAGGUAGCCUUAUGCAGCAGGCCGUGAGGAUUACGUUACUUGUAUGUUUAUGCUGGAGAAAUAGUUUGUACCGCAGGGAGGCGGAGAAGGGGUGACGGUCACACACUGAGAGAGUUUCGGAGGCAACUCCCGUGGCGGUUGGCUGCGCUCUCCUGUGUGAGGGACACCGAGCCUCGUGGGGGCAGCCCGUCCCAGCCAGUCAGGAAUUCGUCCUGAAAAGAGCCCCCUCACAGCGGAGAAAGUUCCACCUCACCCCCUCACGAGGCGCCGCGCGGGGACGAGGCGCCGUGUGUGGCAGCGCGCCUUCCCGCCAGCCCUUGCGCGUGGGGCGGGCCGCAGCGCAAGAUGGCGGCGGACAGUGAACCCGAGUCGGAGGUGUUCGAGAUCACGGACUUCACCACCGCCUCCGAGUGGGAGAGAUUUAUUUCAAAAAUAGAAGAAGUGUUGAAUGACUGGAAACUUAUCGGGAUUUCUUCAGGCAAACCUCUGGAAAAGGGUGUAUAUACCACAGGAGUGUGGGAGGAGAAAUCAGAUGAAAUUUCAUUUGCAGACUUCAAAUUCUCAGUUACACAUCAUUAUCUUGUACAAGAACCUGGUGACAGAGAUGGGAGAGAAGAAGGUGUAGAAGAUGCCCUUCCUCUGCCUAUGCAAGACUUGCUCUGCAUGAACAAUGAUUUUCCUCCUAGAGCUCACUGUCUAGUAAGAUGGUACGGCUUGCGUGAGUUUGUGGUUAUUGCUCCAGCUGCAAAUAACGAUGCGGUUCUUAGUGAAUCAAAAUGUAACCUCCUGCUGAGUUCUGUUUCUAUUGCAUUGGGCAACACUGGCUGUCAGGUGCCGCUGUUUGUGCAAAUACAUCAGAAAUGGCGACGUAUGUAUGUUGGAGAGUGUCAAGGUCCAGGAGUUCGAACUGACUUUGAAAUGGUUCAUCUUCGCAAAGUUCCCAGUCAGUAUACUCACUUGUCGGGAUUACUGGAUGUCUUCAAGUCCAAGAUUGGAUGCCCUUUAACACCACUGCCUCCAGUUAGCAUGGCUAUUCGGCUUACGUAUGUGCUUCAAGAUUGGCAACAGUACUUCUGGCCGCAGCAGCCACCAGAUAUAGAUGCUCUAGUUGGAGGAGAAGUUGGAGGCCUUGAAUUUGGGAAGUUGCCGUUUGGUGCCUGUGAGGAUCCUAUUAGUGAGCUCCAUCUAGCCACCACAUGGCCUCACCUAACAGAAGGUAUAAUUGUUGACAAUGAUGUCUAUUCUGAUCUAGAUCCUAUUCAAGCACCACAGUGGUCUGUAAGAGUCAGAAAAGCAGAUAAUCCUCAGUGUCUAUUGGGUGACUUUCUUAAUGAAUUCUUCAAGCUUUGUCGUCGGAAGGAGUCAACUGAUGAAAUACUUGGAAGGUCUGCAUUUGAAGAGGAUGGGAAAGAGGUUGCUGAUAUCACUCAUGCUUUGUCGAAGCUCACUGAGCCAGCACCUGUCCCAAUUCAUAAACUAUCUGUCACAAAUAUGGUUCACAGUGCAAAGAAAAAGAUUCGCAAGCACAGAGGUGUAGAUGAAUCACCUUUGAACAAUGAAGUUUUGAACACUAUUCUUCUGUUCUUAUUUCCUGAUGCUGUUGACAAACUGGCAGAGGGAUAUGAAAGCAGGGCUAGCACUUCAUCAGGAAGCAAUCCUCCUCCAGAGAAUGAAGAUUACAAUCUCUUCAGUCAGUUUAAAUCUGCUCCUUCUGAUAGUCUGACGUACAAAUUAGCUUUAUGUCUUUGUAUGAUAAACUUCUACCAUGGAGGAGUAAAAGGAGUGGCACAUCUUUGGCAAGAGUUUGUGUUAGAAAUGCGCUACAGAUGGGAGAACAACUACCUUAUUCCAGGAUUAGCUAAUGGCCCUCCGGAUCUGAGAUGCUGUUUACUGCAUCAGAAGCUUCAGAUGUUAAACUGUUGCAUUGAAAGAAAGAAAGCAAGAGAUGAGGGGAAAAGGGGGAGCAUGUCAGAUCGUUCACCUGGUGGUUCUUCUGGUGAUACUGGAAAAGGAGCAGACCACUCUGGAGAUAACCUGAAGGAGACUGAUAAAGAAGUUGGAAAGUCUUGGGAAUCAUGGAGUGACAGUGAAGAGGAAUUUUUUGAAUGUCUGAGUGACACAGAAGAUCUGAAAGGAAAUGGACAGGAUAAUGGAAAAAAAGGAGGAGCAAAAGAAGGCAGCAAAGAGCCUGUAAACCUGAAACCAGAAGGCCGUCUGCAUCCUCAUGGGAAGCUGACGCUGCUGCAUCCAGGAGAACCUCUCUACAUUCCCAUCACACAGGAGCCAGCACCCAUGACUGAGGAUUUGUUGGAGGAACAGUCCGAGGUUCUGGCAAAACUUGGGACCUCAGCAGAAGGUGCACAUCUUCGAGCACGCAUGCAGAGUGCCUGCUUGCUCUCAGAUAUGGAGUCUUUUAAGGCAGCUAAUCCUGGCUGUUGUCUGGAGGAUUUUGUGAGGUGGUACUCUCCUCGGGAUUACAUUGAAGAAGAAGUAGUUGAUGAAAAGGGAAAUGUGGUAAUUAAAGGUGAGCUGAGUGCCCGAAUGAAGAUCCCUAGCAACAUGUGGGUAGAGGCCUGGGAGACGGCAAAACCAGUCCCAGCACGGAGGCAGAAGAGACUCUUUGAUGAUACUAGAGAAGCAGAGAAGGUACUUCAUUACCUUGCCGUUCAGAAACCAGCUGACCUUGCACGGCACCUCUUGCCUUGCAUCAUCCAUGCUGCCGUACUCAAGGUAAAGGAAGAAGAAGUACUAGAAGAUAUAUCUUCAGUUAAGAAGAUUAUAAAACAGAUAAUAUCCCAUUCCAGUAAAGUUCUACGAUUUCCAAGUCCGGAGGACAAGAAGCUAGAAGAAAUUAUUGCUCAGAUUAUGAGUGUGGAAGCUAUCAUUGCCAGGGCCAGGUCUUUGAAGGCAAAAUUUGGAGUAGAGAAAUGCGAAAAUGAGGAGGAGAAGGAAGAUCUCCAAAGAUUUGUGAACUGUCUCCUGGAGCAGCCAGAAGUGUCUGUUCUUGGUGCAGGAAGAGGACCUGCUGGCAGCGUUAUUCACAAACUGUUUGUGAAUGCUCAGAGGAUUUCUGCAGUGCCUCCACUUGAUGAAGAACUGAGGAGAUCAGGGUCAGCAGAGGAGCGAAGACUCAACACGGGCUCCAUGUCAGAUUUCCCACCACCCACAGGCCGGGAGAUCAUUCUGCGCACAACUGUCCCCCGUCCUGCACCUUACUCUAAACCAUUGCCCCAGCGGAUGUACAGUGUGCUUACAAAAGAAGAUUUUCGACUUGCAGGUGCCUUUUCAGCAGAUACAACUUUCUUCUGAUGUAACUGUAGCUGUGUUACCUUGUGCAUCUUCACAAGUAGAAUGUUAUUCAUUUUCCUUCAGGGAAGUUAACGCUUACAGAUCUACCAGCUUGUGGUGAGGAGAAAAUAAGGUUGUCAUUAGUGACAGGGAGUGAUAUUCCCAAGGACAGACCUCAGCUGGGGUUUGAGAAGAAUGACUCCAAGUGCUCCAUCUUGGAGGUUUGGAGAGGUUGCAGCAGUAGUUUUGCUCGUCUUUGGGGAAGAAAGGUUAGUCAUCCCCCUCUGUCCAAAUGGAGCACAUGUUUUUGCAUUAGCUUGUUUAAUUAUGGAUGUUAAUGGGCUAUAGUCAAAUACUUAAUGUUCAAGUUUAUGCAGACUGUGCUGCUUUUUAGUUCUUAAUCAGACUCGAUAAAGUGAUGUUAGCCUACUUAAAUUGAUGUGCAGACAUUAAUUUGUAUUUAUUGCUAAUCACAAAUAUUGAGCUCAGUAUUUUUUCGGUUAAUCUAUAAGUUGCAAAUACUUCUAAAAUACCCUUCAUUUUAUUUAAACAACACAUUCUAGUUCAUGCCUAACUCUCCUAGCCUUGCAACAGUCAUCUGAAAAAAGAUCUUGUCUUUGGGAUAAGAGCUACUAUAAUCCUAUUUAAGCCUAACUCAGUUUUAGAUGCUUUUUAUCCUUCCCUGCAUGCAACGGCCAAAGCUGUAUGUAAAUUAUAUGUACAGAGGUUUUAAACCAAAGUGAAGCUUACAGUAGAGACCAUUUAAAUGCAUACUGUCUUUGAUCUGAUAAACUAACCCCAUUGAGUAUCAUGCAAACACUAUGACUUGUAUGUGCCAAUGUUGUUCUACAGUGAUCUUACUGUGUUUUAAUCAGAAUCAGCAGAUCAGAGUUACAAAAUUAAAUGUAAAAACUAUGGUAUUGUUGACAUUACUCAAUAAAUUUAAACUUACUGGUUCUCAGAACUUUUCAGGUUGGAGUGGUUUUUAUCAAAAUACUACUUAAAUGUCAUACUUUCAUAGCUUGAUAAAGGAACAGUCUUUCUUGUGACUAUAUCAUGUUUAAAAAAAAAAAAAUUAAGUUCUAUCUAUCUCAAAUGCUUCUCUCUGAUAAAUAUGCAUCAAGUAAAAAUAUGUUAAGGAUGUUAACUUUUUUUAGAGGAAAUCUUGCCCUAGGACUUUGUCCCACAGGCUUUUUAUGUUUUAUAUGAGGCAAAUGCUUUUGUUAAAUAGAAGAAAGACAAAGGGCAAUUCAGCUGUUGCUUAACUGUCUAACUUUGUAAGUAAUUAGUUGCACUAGACUAAUUACUAAGUAAGUUUAAGAUUACUUACCACUUCCUGGUAUUCUUGCUUUCCUCCUCUCCUGCUAUGCUUUCUCAGUGAUUUUUAUCUGACAAAUGCAGCCUCCUGUAUAGGUUGAAUAAGCUUGAAAACCCUUCAUUUAGCUGGCAAUCAGGCUUUUACUGGUGCUUGGUCUUUCAACUGCAUGACUGGCUGCUUUGCUUUGGCAUGCUCAGAGAACAUGAGUGCUGUAACAUUUUGUCAGCUGCUUAAAGGCGUUUGAGUCUGCUGGAAAAGUCCAGUAGUUUAUAGAAGACAGUAUAUUUGCAACAGUACCAUCUUAAUCUUUACCUGAGAAAAGCUAUGUGUAAAACAUUAAGAAUUUUCUCAUAAGGGUAACUGAUGAAAGCAUUUCAGUGUAUUUUAACUAAAUAUGCCUGGAAUUGUAGAGAACACAGUAUUUUUAGAAAAAAUGAUCUGUAGUGUGCUGAUAACAUAAAAGAAGCAGGGGAAAGGCACUAAAGCAUUAAGAUGAUGCUGAUUUAUUUGAAGUAACUGUAAAGAAAGCCACUUAAACAGUGCAAAAUAACCAUUAGCUCUGCAAUUUAGUUAAAGAGAAUAUGGCUCUAGCAUUUCCCAGAAGUUACUUUGGAUGAGACAAGGAAAAUGAAUAUUAUUUCUCGUGGGCUAGCUGUUUUAAACAGUUAUUUUAAUAAACAUGAACUGAAAGUGCUGAGAUCUUUUACACCAAGUCAAAUGAACUAGCAGGCCUUUC